ACGACCGGUAACGACGGAAACAUCACGGUCGUAUCCGGUCAUAUCUGUUACUUUCUUUGAGGUUGUUUGAGCGUGUGGAGGUUAUUCAUAACGCGAUGUAAUUCGUGCCAUUUCUUUUGACAGUUCGUGUGUUGUUGUUAUUAGUGCGCUUCUCUAGAAGUUAUGGGUGGUAAAUUCGAGUAGGAUAUUCUGUGAUGAAAUCAAACAUAAAAUAUGUUGAGCAGAUAUUUAAAUUAUAUCCUGAUCCGACUUGGCUUUAAAACUGGUAUAAAAAGGACCAUAGAUGAAACAGAGGAGGAUGAUGACAUAAAGGAGCGAUAUUCUAAACAGAGGAGAAUUGAUAAAACUGAUGAGCAGCAUUUUCUCACAUCUGAUCAGUUCUUGCGUCCUUCUCCUAGUUGGAGGAUGCCAAAAAAGAGGCCAGUUUUUAGUUGUCGACAGCAACAGAGAAGUAUGUAUGCAUUGCAGCCAGCUGUUCAUGUACAUGCUCCCCAGCCAGGAUGUUCCUGGUUUGAAGAUCACAAGGAAAGCAUUAUUGAAGUGUCAGAUGAUGAGGAUGUAGAUGUCUUGGGAGAGUGGCAGGAUGUCAAGACAUUGAAGAAACGUCCAGUGUACAAGACAGCUAGUGAUAUUAAAAAGACAGGAGUUUCUGUAAAUGUUGACAGAUCUGAGGAAGAUGAUGUUCAAGUUGUCAAAGUGGUGGAUUCUCAUAGUGAUGAAAUUUCACGAAGUGGGAAUACCAUCUCCAUUUUCCAAACACCAUCUGCAAGACCUUCAUUAUCAUCAAGGCAUUUUAAUGCAGAUUCAGGCACCUCAAAGAAAAGUCAAGUUCUCCUGCAGUGCCUGAAAUCACAUUCAAAGUUCAGUCAAGAUGGUAAUGGAAGCCAUAGUGGGACAUCCUCCAGAUCCAGUCGCACGGAAGAGAAGAGACCACCGAAACUUGCUCUCAAUGAGAGUAUCCGACUCGAGGAGAAAAGGCAGUACAUAGAACUUCUGCAGAGAUUCACUAGUGUCCCCCUUCAAGUGCAAAGUAGGCAUCAUGGAGCAAUCAGGAAUCCAUGUGCCAGAACAGUUCAGGACAGAGGUGGAAAUUUACAGUAUUCUGACUUUGCUGGACAAGCCAGGGAGAAAGUAGGCAAAGAAUGUCCUGUUAUAAUUGAUCUAACCAAAUCACAGCUAAGCAGGCCUUUCUCUGGGAAGCACAUAGAAGUGCGCAGGGACCGAGAAGCAGAGCCCUACACUGCAACUUCCAAACAAGAUGGUGACUCACCACGGAUUGUAGAAUUUCCCUUCAUAAGGACAAAUUCCCUGGCAGAUGCAUUAAAAUCGAAUUAUUUUUGUAGUGCUGAUCUUCUAACAAGCAUUGAUGAGAAGUACAAGAAAAAGCAAGAAGCAAGAAAGAAACAGGAAGAAGAAGAAAAGUUGAAGGCCUCACAUUUUCAGAAACGUGAAAAGAAAUUACAAGUGAAGGCACUGGAACGGAUGACAAACUACUUAAAAAUCACAGAUGCCAUCCUUGAUGAUGAAAUAAUUCUUGAGGAGGAAAAGGUUGCACUUCCUGAGCUGACCUCACAGAUGCAGGAUGUUAUUGAAUCAGCACUUAUUCCCAGACCGUCUAAUGAAGUUCUUGUUGAGGCUUUCGGUUUACCUAUAAAGCGACAUGAUAUGCAGACAUUGGCUGGUCUCAAUUGGUUGAAUGAUGAGGUAAUAAACUUCUACAUGGAACUUUUAAAGGAACGUGGGAAGCUGGAUAAUUAUCCAUCAGUUUACACCUUCAAUACAUUCUUUUAUCCAAGACUGUUAUCUGGUGGACAUGCUGUAUUGAAGAGGUGGACAAGGAAGGUUGACAUCUUUUCCUAUGACCUCAUUAUUGUACCUGUUCAUCUUGGAGUCCAUUGGUGCAUGGCUGCCAUUGAUUUUCGCAAGAAAACUAUUAAAUACUAUGACAGUAUGGGAUCUCCAAAUAACAAGUGCUUAGAGAGUCUAAUGAAAUAUCUUCAAGAUGAAAGUUUAGAUAAGAAAAAGAUACAAUUCAAAACUUCUGGAUGGCAGACAGAAAAUGUUCAGAAAAUCCCACAGCAGAUGAAUGGCAGUGACUGUGGCAUGUUUUCAUGCAUGUAUGCUGAGUUCCUUUGUCGCAAUGCUAAUAUCACUUUCACCCAAGAAGAUAUGCCUUACUUCCGCCGCAAGAUGGUGUAUGAGAUUUAUACUUGCAAACUUCUCUUGUAAUUUUGAAAGAACAACAUAUAAUGGCCUGCAAUAUGUGAAGUAACUAUGUAUCUGUAUUCUUCCUUAGUUUAAUUAUAGUUCAUAUGUAAACACGAAUUAUAUCGAGUUCAUGAAGAUCAUCAUCAUCAUCAUCACUUCAGAACGUCAGUUUCUUUGGAGGCUUAUAUGUUAAUAUUGUAUAGGUGUGAACAGUUUAAUUCUUUAGUUGGAAACAAGAUGGCGUCCAUUGGAUUAUACUGUUUAAUGGAGUUUCAUUUUUACUAUUAUGUUACUCUGUAAACUUAAAAAAUGUUUUUCUUUUUCCUUUCAAAUUCGUAUGGAGGCAGGCAUAAGAAGUAAGACAGUUAUUAACAGUAACUGAUUAUGUGACUGCUGUAGUAAAUAAUGAGGUGGAAAUAGAAUUCACUUGUGAAUCUUCUUUGAUUAUCAGUUUAUGUCAUGAAAUAUUGCAAAAAUGCAAAUUCCGAUAGCUUAUGUAACCUGUAGAAUAUUUCCUUGAAGAUGAUCUGAGAGAUGCUGGGCAAACUGUUGUAUUGCAUUCUCAUGGUUUAAUACAUUAAUUAACAUUGAAAACAAUUUUCUGUUCUUCGCUUUAAGUAGUUUCCACUUGUUUGCUUUGCUGAACCAGCACUGAAUUUCUCCAGGAAUACACACUACAUGUCAGCUUAUUAACACAGACAAACUAAGUCCAUGAACUGUUUUUUGGAACAAGGUGUACUAUGAAUUACUAUCACUACCAUCUCAUAAGAGACGAGAAAAAAAGCCUGGAAUGUGACAUGUGACUGUGUUGGCCACAGUAAGUAAUUGUCUUUUGUACAUGAAUAAUAUAGGUAUGUUUGUUCUUUUCCUCAAAAUCUUUUACAGGCCUGUGUUCCUGUGUGGAGUCUAUGUCCCAGGUCAUUAAGCAUGUACUGUACUGUUCGUGGACGAGGCUGAAACCUGCGACAUGGUCUUCCUGAAAUUCUGUAUCACUUUUGUUUGCAAUGAAGAAGUACUGAGUUCAUUACUUGUUGCGUUAACCACACUUCUCUUCCAUUUAUCAAAUAAAUAUUAAGUUACUUCUGUAUGUCUUAAUUUUUAAUUUUUCCUAUUCUGCAUUUCUUCCCAGUAGUUAAGAGUUUAAUAUUGCUGAUAAAGUCAUUCUGACUGCUAAUACCGGCAGUUUACUGUAAUCAUUUACUUCAGUCAUAUACUUGUCCAGUACCACAGUCUAGCUUUUCUUGAGUAUGGAAGUAAUGUGUUUUGAUUUCAUUCAUAUCAUCUGUAUGAACAAUGAUCUUCUGCCAGAAUGCAUUUACCUCAUUUCAUAAUUUAAACAAAGAGUAGAUACCAAAGUGAUUUCGUUAAGGAGUCUAAAAUAAUCAAAUCAAAAAGAUUUGUGUCAGCUAAAAAGACAUGAAGAGACUUUUCCAUCAGCAGUCAGAAUUGUUUGAAAGGAAACACCUGUUUUUUCAUUUCUGAUGUAUGAGUAUUUGAAAGAACAUGUAAAAGAAUGUACUUACAUAUUAUUUUAGUUCAAGGUAAGGCAAUAUUUGAUAAUGGAAAAGCAGUGCGAAAUUACCAGUGUUAUCAGGCAUAUUCUAAGUAAUUUGGAAUAUAUAUUCAUGAUCAGUAAUGAUGGGGUGUGUGUGAAUUUCAUUUCUUUUUACUGGAUCAGGAUCAAUUUGACCUUGAUUUGAAAGAUGGUUUUUCAGUCUGAAACUUCAAGAAUUUUCUGUUGCUUUGUGCAGUAGCGCACAGACUGCCUGAUCCAUCGCAGUAGUACUAGUUGGCAACACUAGUGCAAAUUAAGUUCUCAGUAAAGACUGUCUCUCUUUCUGCCCCAGGAGAAAAGGAGGUGGGCCUGAACUGAUUACAAUAGUUCACAAACAUUUUUUAUUGAAAAGUGAUAUUAUGAAAACUGAUAAGUGCCUAGUUUAUAAACUGUGAUUACAGUGAAAUAUGUGGUCUAAUAUAGAACAUUCUUGUUGUCAUCUUAAGUAUUGAAAUGUUCCUAAAUUAUUUCAAACUGAAAAUGUCAGUAUUGUACAUACCUAAUGAUGACCAUGGGAUAGAACAUGUAUAAUAUAAUGACUGCAUUAUUACUGGAAUUAGUUUUUCAAUUUUUGUUGUACAUGAUGUAGGAUAGUAAGUACUUCUCCCUAAACCCAUUGCUGUAGACUUACAGGAUGGUCUUACCUGACGUUACAAUCUGACUUCAUAAUUUGCAUUCCUUAUGUUAGUAAUUUGACUGUAACCAUUUGUAGGCAUAUACAAACACUUCUGUAACCUACUGUUGGAUAUGUCUUGUUUGUACAAAUGUUACCAAAAUAAAUAUCCUGAUGAAAAUA